UAGCCGGGGGGAGCUGGAAAAGGAAAGAGGAGAUUUUCUGGAUCCGGCAUUGAUCGCAAAACGCAGCGUUUAGAGGAGUGAGAGAGAUUGAUGUGCAAGGUGGAGAAGGAGAGAAGAGGAGUGAUGGGGAUAAAGGGGCUGGGAGGAGGAGAGAAGCUGAAGAACUCGCUGCUGCAAACGACGUCGCCUUCUCGGUCGAGAAUGAAGCUGUGGAUGAUAAGGGCGACGACGUCGGUGUUGCUGUGGACGUGUGUUGUGCAAUUGACGGCGUUGGGGGAUAUGUGGGGGCCUAGGGUUUUGAAAGGAUGGCCGUCUUGCUUCUCUCAGGAGAGUGCCGUGGCUUCGUCGGUUUUGCAGGACCGGACGACUUCCGUUCCGGCCAGAGUUCUUCCACCAAAGAGGGUGUACAAAAACAAUGGCUACUUGAUGGUUUCGUGCAAUGGUGGACUCAAUCAAAUGAGAGCAGCGAUAUGCGACAUGGUUGCUAUAGCAAGAUAUUUGAAUGUCACUCUUGUAGUUCCCGAGCUCGAUAAAACGUCCUUUUGGGCUGAUCCCAGUGAGUUUCAAGACAUAUUUGAUGUGGAUCACUUCAUCACAUCCUUGAGAGAUGAGGUUCGGAUAUUGAAAGAGUUGCCUCCCAGGGUUAAGAGAAGAGUGGAACUAGGAAUGGUUUAUACCAUGCCACCAGUUAGUUGGUCUGACAUGUCUUAUUAUCGUAAUCAGAUUCUUCCUCUGAUACAGAAAUAUAAAAUUGUACAUCUAAAUAGAACUGAUGCUAGACUUGCCAAUAAUGGACAACCUUUGGAGAUUCAGAGACUUCGAUGCCGAGUAAAUUUUAGUGCUCUGAGAUUCACUUCUCAAAUAGAGGAGUUGGGUAGAAGGGUCAUAAACCUUUUAAGGGCAAAUGGUCCUUUCUUAGUUCUUCAUCUUAGAUAUGAAAUGGACAUGUUGGCAUUUUCUGGCUGUACCCAAGGUUGCAAUGCUGAGGAGGUGGAAGAGUUGACAAGGAUGAGAUAUGCUUAUCCCUGGUGGAAAGAGAAAAUAAUAAACUCUGACCUCAAAAGGAAAGAUGGUUUGUGUCCUUUGACACCAGAAGAAACUGCUCUCACUCUGAGUGCUCUUGAAAUUGAUCCCAACAUUCAGAUCUAUAUUGCCGCUGGUGAAAUCUACGGUGCUGAGAGGAGAAUGGCAAGUCUUGCAAAGGCUUUUCCGAAAUUGGUCAGAAAGGAGACUCUGUUAGAACCAUCAGACCUCAGGUUCUUUCAAAACCACUCCUCCCAAAUGGCAGCAUUGGAUUAUCUUGUCUCGUUGGAGAGUGAUAUCUUUGUUCCCACAUAUGACGGAAACAUGGCUAAAGUUGUUGAAGGCCAUCGCAGAUUUCUUGGGUUCAAGAAGACAAUUUUGCUGGACAGAAGGCUUCUUGUUGAUUUGAUAGACCAGUACAAUAGUGGAGAAUUGAAUUGGGAUGAAUUCUCAUCUGCAGUGAAGGAAGCUCAUGCAGAACGCAUGGGUAACCCAACUAAAAGGUUGAUGAUCCAAGACCGGCCUAAAGAGGAGGACUAUUUCUAUGCCAACCCAGAAGAGUGUUUGCAGUUGUCAGAUGAUGAGCAAUUAUCAGAUGGGGGAUUGAGUAGUACGUGAUUAUACAUAAUGGUUAGAAGAUUGUGGAGUUCACGAAAUGUUCUGCAGUGUUGGCUAUUUUUCCACAGAUCUCCUAUGCAAGUUCUCCACAGAGAGGGGAGGUAUAGUGAUAAUGAAGGAUUUUGAUAUGAAGAUGAAGGACCCAAAGAUUAUUGUGGGGUAUUAAAACUUGAAGAAAGCCAAGCCCUACCGAGGAUCUUAUGGUAUCUCAACUGGAGGACAUGUUUUUUUCUUUUCUUUUAUCUUUUUAAUAUAAGCCAAAAUAAUCCAUCCAAAUCAUCAUGUAUAGAAGCCAAGGUACCCACCGUACCCUGCCAUUCAGGGUGAGAGCAAAUUAAACUGCAACUGCAUUGCAUUUGCAUCUGUGGAGGAAUGCAAAUAGGUUUGGUUUACUCGGGAACUCUGCAGAACAUCGAAAGGUCAACCCCAUAUUCCUUAAAUUUUUUUGUGCUCUUCGUUUCUUUAGACCCUAGACCUAUGAUGUUGUGAUUCUCUAGCAUAUAUACUACUACAUCCCUUCAUAUUUCCUGUUUGCACAGAGAGAAUGACUGGUAGAGAUGGUUAUGUAUUUUUACAGAUUACUCAGAAAUUUAUGUCCAAUAGUGGCUGAUUCACUUCA